AUAAUGAUUUAACCUAGCCCCUUUACCCCUGCUCGGCAAUCCCCGCAGUUUGAAACAUCUGUUGAUUACCUAAAUUUCGGGACCCCAGAUUUAUAUGCUCCACGCUACCGGAGUGGCGGGACAACUCUGUUUAAGCACAUCUUAAACGGAUGCAAUAAAAGGUUUUGUGUAACCGGGAUAUAACUGCUAACAUGACUCGCAAGUCUGUGCUUAUCACGGGUUGCAGUGAAGGCGGCAUCGGCGCCGCCUUAGCUUUAGAGUUCCAUGCUCAAGGGUGUCAGGUCUUUGCAACAGCCCGCGAUGUGAGUAAGAUGCAAUCACUAUCCGAACAAGGCAUCGAAACUCUGGCGCUCGAUGUUAACUCGGAUGCAUCUAUCGCUACUGCUUUCGCCAUCGUACAAAAAGCUACCGACAGCUCUCUCGAUUACCUUAUCAACAAUGCCGGUAUAAAUCAUGUGAUGCCUUUCACCGACGCCAAGGUUGACGAUCUCAGGCGCGUUGUCAACACCAACAUCGUAGGCGUAUUGGCCGUUACACAUACUUUCCUCCCGCUGCUUAUCCAAGCUCAAGGCACCGUAGCGACUGUUGGAAGUGUUAACGAGGUUUUCUGCCCACCGUACCAAGUUGCCUACAGCGCAUCUAAGGCGGCCGUGCACGCUAUUUCACGGACCCUUCGCGUCGAACUUGCCCCACUAGGCGUCAAAUUCGUAACGCUGAUGACAGGCAGCGUGAGGUCCAAGUUAUUUGAUAACGCCCCGACCAAGAUUCCUGAAGACAGCCUGUACCUCGCUGCGGCGGGCAAUGUAGAGAGCCGCGAGUUCGUCAAGAAGGCGCCGUGCACUGAGACCGAAGUGUUUGCAAAACAGGUAGUAAGCGAUUUACUGCGGCCGAACCCGAAGCUGAAUAUAUGGCACGGCGGCAUGUCGACAUUUGCUUGGAUCUUAACCUGGUUUGGAUGGGAGGGCAUAUUGGAUUCCACUUUGAUUAAGGGUAAUGGACUUGACAAGAUACAUCGAUGACGAUAUCGAUGAGUUACUUGGGUGUUAUAAGGUCGAAUAGAACUAUACCCAUGUCAAUAUUUAUCAUCUAUUCGGGGUCCUAAGACCAUGUGAUAUGAAGAGAACGAAUACUAGAAUCAAAGUAUCAUAAAUGAUCCCUUGCUGUCUAAACUGACAGAAAACAGGGGAUCUAAAAUCGUAUUAACC